AUGUCUUCAUCUGUUUUUGCCAAUUUAACCAGACGUUGGUCACCUUAUCAUCAACCAGGGCCCAAGCCCCAGAUCUCAAAAAUUCCCAUCGAUGGCGAGAAAAGUGCGGAGGAAAUUGCACUCGAAGAAGCCGGCGAUCUAAACGCCCUCCAACGAUAUCGUCAUGAAGUCCACCAAAUCACCAUGUAUGAACAUCACCCUCCAAUAACCGAGCUUCUCGAGACCGAGGAAGACUUCCCCCGUCACUUUCAACUAGAGCUAUCCUUACGCGAAGGAAACGACCAAUCAGAAGAGGUGCAAGAGAAUCUUAAAGCCCAGCGCAGGCUUCUUUGGAUGCUAUCGCGCGAAUGGUGGAUGCUGAAGAAUGAAUUUGGAGAAGGUAUUGUGAAGAGGGCAUUCGAUCUAUGGCGCUCACAUCCUAGAUGGUACAUGGAUCAGGUUCUUGUCGAGUACUGUUAG